AUGAGUAGUCCCAGGAGGAGGAUUGAGACUGAUGAUGUACGAAAUAUAGGGAAUACCCCGAAAUCUCCCUCUCGAAACGCGGCCCCCAGCGAUGCUAACAUUUUAAGACAGCGUCGCCCGUACUCUGACACUCCGUUUGCCCAGCUAACCAGUCCCCUAGUGCAAGAGUUUUAUGUCAGGUUCAAGGGGCCUGCUGAGACGCCAUUCGAAGGCGGUCUCUGGAAAGUCCACGUCGAGUUGCCCGAUGCCUAUCCUUAUAAAUCUCCUAGCAUCGGAUUCGUGAAUCGAAUUUUCCAUCCCAAUAUUGAUGAGCUCUCGGGCUCUGUUUGCCUGGAUGUCAUUAACCAGACGUGGUCGCCAAUGUUCGAUAUGAUCAAUAUUUUCGAAGUGUUCCUGCCCCAGCUCCUGCGAUACCCCAACCCGACCGACCCUCUCAACGGCGAAGCCGCCGCACUCCUGAUCCGCGAGCCCAAGAGCUAUGACGCCAAGGUCAAGGAGUACGUGCAGAAGUAUGCCAAUAAAGACGCCGCCGACGAGGCCGGCGCCGAGAGCGAGGAUGACGACGACAUGUCCUCCGUAGCCAGCUUUGGCGAGGAAGACGACGAAGAACCCGCCGGCCAGAUGGACGACGUAUAG